AUGGCCACGAGACAAACGAACGGGUGCCGAAGCAGCCUGGCGGGCAGCCACACAUGCUACCUGCUGCCCCAACUCUGCCAUCGGACCGGCAUCACCGACAAAAUGCGCAACGACAUGCUCUGCAUGCGCGCUAUGUCCAAAGUCACCCGCUUGACCCCGGGCGCACGCCUCGACAUGACCCGCAAGUGGCUCAGGAAGGUUCGCGAGAUGAAGGAUCUGCCAGAAUUUUUCCGCCAUUGUGGCUUCGAGCUGGACGAAGAGUUCAUCCACUUUCCCUCACGUCGUCUUGAUGAAGAACUGUGCUUCGGGCGUCGUCCUGGCGGCUACAAAGGUGAAAAGGCAGAAUGGGCGCGCCAAGUCAACUCGAAUGGUAACUACAGAAGUGCCGCUGUAAACCAUUGGAUGGUCGUCGCACCGAACAUUCAGCAAUCGAUUACUGCCGCCCAAACUGAAUCCAUCGGCCGUCAAAUCAACACGGAUCAAGCUGACGGCUAUCUGGAUGUCAUCCGGGAGAACCUUGACGAAGCGGGACGACGGAGAAUGAAGCGACGCGUUCGUCUGCUGAUCGGUCGACCACUAGAUGGCGGUGCCAGCAGCUCGGCUCCAUUGAUGGCUCGAGUGCCCAAGUUGCUGCCAGUGCGGUGGCCGCCGUCUGCUGCAAAGCCAAUGCCGGCAAUGGUACGACUUCUACAUGGUGAACGGGACCAACGCUGCUCAAUCAACGUGGACGCCAUUCAAGAUGCAGCCAGCAAUAACAAGGUUGUGUUCAAACUCGGGCAUUUCUACAACAAGAGGGCAGCCACCGUCCUCGUCUCGACCAAACAAAGGACCAAACUGUCA